GGGGGCUAACGUCGAGCUGCGGACCGUUUCUGGGCUGAUGCUAACAGUUAGCUAACGUUAGCCUGGUUAUGUUUGUGACCUUGUGAGGAGGUAGCAUUUUAGCCACAGCGGCUAGUUUGACUCUUGCUUUGCAGCUUGCAUGCUGUGGUCACAUAUAUAUUUUGUAUAAUGUGUGCUUGCUUAUCGUUGUCUGACUUAAAUGGUGAUUUUAAAAAACGGCACGGGUAAACUGAGGAGCUACAGACGCUGCUGUGUCUGACGUUAUAUCUUUGACUUUUCUGUUUCUAUAACUAACCUUUAAUUUGUCUUUGUCGUUGUGGUGGUUUGUCUUCCUCGAGCAGCUUAGAUGCACUGAUGGGGAUCAGUACUGAGCAAUAUCGGUUUAAAAUGCAACCUGUGUAUUUUGUUGCUUGUUAGCGGUGGUGAAUGAAAUACUCAGACAUUUUACUUGAGUAAAAGUAGUAAAACAACAGUGCAGAAAUACACUGUUACAAGUAAUUGUCCUGCAUUUCAAAUCUUUCAUAGGUAGAAGUAAAAAAUUACAAGCAUCAAAAUUUAAUUAAAGGUCCAGUAUUUAGGAUUCAGGGGCAUCUGUUGGCAGAAAGAUAUAAAUAUAUAUAGGCUAAUAUUCAUAACUAACGUAUGUUUUCUUAAGUCCAUAAUCACCUGAAAAUAAGAAUAGUUUUGUUUCUGUUACCUUCAAAUGAAUUGUUUCUAUCUGCAUAUGGAGUGGUUCUUCUUCUACAGAGACCGCCAUGUUGUUUUUACAGUUAACCCAAAUGGACAAAUCAUGGAUGUAUAAAUACCCCUUUUUCCAUUACCACCUUUGGCCAUGAGGAGUGUGGUGCUGAUUUGUCUUUCCAUUAUCAGUUAAGACAAGCUAGCCAUGCCAGAGAUGGACCAUCUCUGGAGUUGGGUAAAAAGCUAGCCGGACCGCCUCGAAUAAGGUAGUGGUGAUGGCUCGCAUAUCACAGCCAACCCCCAACAACAACUCCCUUUCUCUCCCGAAACAAGCCUGCGUGUUGCGAGACUCAACUCACAUGUGUCUGUGCAGGAGAUCCACUUGAAUCAAUCCCAACCAAGCCAAGCCAGCACAUGAGUGUGGGGAAAAAACGGUAAAAGAGACCUGGAUACAACAAUGGAGGCAGGACUCCGUUGAUACCUAUGAAAGUUGUGACGUGGCGCACAAAGCCAAAAACAUUCAGCUGCCACCUAUAAAAUUACCUAGAUGAUCGGUGCUGCUUCCACAUUAUUGAGCCCAUAAAAUAUGUGCACCUGAGAUUUCUGCUGAGCAAGCUGGAUCCUUCAGUUUUAGCGCUCUGCUUACUUGAAUGAGGGGACAAAAAUGAUUUUAUCGUGCGGCUCUUUGAGACUUUGGAAAUGUUAUCGGACAAAAUGGCACAAAUCCUGACAGUGAAACGAGUCAUUUCGCAGGGGUUUUGACAAUCAACAAAUGUGUCCACUCAGUGACAGACGUUUCUUCUUUUUGGGCCCCAUUGCAUCAUGUGACAGGCUUGAAAGUAGUAAUUCCACUGUUUAAAAAAAACAAAACAAAAAAAAACAACAAAAAGGGUUCACAACUCGGCGCGCUUCCUGGGGGCCAGGAACAAAUUAAACGCUGGCUCUAGAUAGGACCAUUAGUGUUUUUGCGUCAGCUUCCAUAAUCCUCCUACACACUUGGCACACGGGAGAAGUUUCAGUUCCACAACGUCACCGCCGGAUGCCACUAAAUCUUACACACUGGACCAAGUAUCAAAAGUAAAAAUACUUUGCAGAAUGAUCCAUGUCAAAGUAAUAAUUAUAUCAUAAUACCUUGUCAAUUGACUGACGUGUAAACAGAAGAUAUUUGUUUCAGUUAAUACACAUCAGUGCAUCAGUAGUGACUGUGCUUAUUCAAUAGCAUAAGCCAUAGCAUUGACAACAGCAUGUUGUGUCUGUGUUGUGGUGUUUCAGCAGCAGCAGGGAUCCUACAGUCCUUUGGAAUUAAUUUGGCAUACAUCAGCAGUAAUAUUGUUUUAUAACUCCUGACAUUAUGCAAAUAUGAACUAAAUCAAGUUACUUUUGUUAUUUAGUUUUUUGCAAAUGUACAUCCUAAAAACAAUCAAGUAUGUGGCUGUAGGAACUCUAUUGUUUGUCGGCUGUGCAUUGAAAAAGCAGACAUCUUGCUUUCGAUCUUUCCCUCUGGCUUCUACUCCCUCUUCACUCACUCACUCACUCACUCACUCACACACAACAAUCCCUAUUUAUUUCUUGCUUCUCUCCCUCCUCUCCCCCCUUUCCCCCACCUCCUCGCCUGAACCCUAGGGAGCCCAAACAGUGUCCGAGUUGCUGAUUGACCUGUCAGAGUACGUCAAUCUAACCUCGCCGGCGGCGCUCGCCUUGGCACAGACCCAGCGGCAACCACCUAAACCACCACCAGACAAUACUAGGGCGUCUGCUACACAGUUAGUUAGCGCCCAGACCGACCAGCUAGACAGACCAAACAAACCAGUUGUUGGUAGACAAUUUUUGUAAGUUUCCGCUGGUGUUAUCCUCCCACCCUGUUACUGACCUCCCCACAUCCCAGUCAGCUGUAGUAGUCCAGUCCAAGGGUGCCAGAGUCGUAGUUUCCCGCUCCUUCGCUGACUUCACGUCUCAGGCUACCUUUGACAUCAAGAAAUGCGACCUGCACCGUCUGGAGGAGGGUCCCCCGUUAAAGGCGGAGAUGACGCGGGAGCAGGGACUGCAGUAUUAUCGCAUCAUGCAGACUGUGAGGCGCAUGGAGCUCAAAGCUGAUCAGCUCUACAAACAGAAGAUCAUCAGAGGCUUCUGUCACCUGUAUGAUGGACAGGAAGCAUGUGCAGUUGGCAUUGAGGCAGCCAUCAACCCCUCUGAUCACCUGAUCACCGCCUACCGCGCCCACGGCUACACAUAUACCCGGGGUGUCUCCAUCAAAGAAAUCCUGGCCGAGCUCACCGGUCGUAGGGGCGGAGUGGCCAAAGGAAAAGGAGGGUCGAUGCACAUGUACGCUCCACAUUUCUACGGAGGGAACGGCAUAGUGGGAGCACAGGUUCCUUUAGGAGCUGGCAUUGCUCUGGCCUGCCAGUACCAAGGCAACAAUCAGUUGUGUGUCACGCUCUACGGAGACGGGGCAGCCAAUCAGGGUCAGCUGUUUGAGUCGUUCAAUAUGGCCGCCCUGUGGAAGCUGCCGUGUAUCUUCAUCUGUGAGAACAACAAGUACGGCAUGGGGACGUCAGUGGAGAGAGCGUCAGCCAGCACUGACUACUACAAGAGAGGAGACUUCAUACCAGGAAUCAGAGUAGAUGGGAUGGAUGUCCUGUGUGUCAGAGAGGCCACCAAGUUUGCUGCAGAUCACUGCAGAUCUGGAAAGGGUCCGAUUGUAAUGGAGCUGCAGACUUACCGUUACCACGGACACAGCAUGAGUGACCCAGGUGUCAGCUACCGCACUCGUGAUGAGAUUCAGGAAGUCCGCAGUAAGAGUGACCCCAUCACCAUGCUGAAAGAGCGCAUGCUCAGCAACAACAUGGCAUCCGUAGAGGAGUUCAAGGAAAUUGACAUUGCAAUCCGUAAGGAGGUGGAGGAGGCGGCUCAGUUUGCUACAUCAGAUCCAGAGCCACCACUGGAGGAGCUGUGCAACCACAUCUUCAGCAACGACUCAGCGCUGGAGGUCCGCGGGACAAACCCCUGGGUCAAACUCAAGUCCGUCAGCUAGACUCACACACACACACUCCAAAUAUACGCACACUGACCUUCCACCCAGUGUUAAACAAAGUCCCUCCAGCUGCACCCAUGUCCUGACUUUUAACGCUCAGCACCUCCUUCCUCGAUUGUAGAUCAUUCCGCACCUUAAUAGGACUCAGCUCUGACCUGAAACCUGUCAGUGUUAUUUAUUUAUAGUUUUAUAUAGAGAUAUAUUCUUUGUCUGUGUGUUUGUUCUGCCGUACAUCUGACCAGUCUGUUGGCGUUGUAUCAUCAUCAUCAUCAUCAAGCUGUGGCGAGCUGUUGCCAGAUGUUUGUGGUGUAUGAGAAGAUUCUUCAGAGGGCGCUGUGUGUGCUUUAACAAGUUUUAAAUACUGCAGGGCUGCGCAAUAUACGCACAAAACUUAGGUUUCCUCAUUUUUUCCCCCUAGAAUGGCUUGUCUGUUUUAAAUUCCUCCACUUUUUGGUAGCAUUUUUAGCUGUUUUUCCAGCUUUAAAUGUUCAGAAAAAUUUGGACUCUGCUUGAAGAAAAUUGUCCGAAUCACUAUUUUCCUUCCAAGAAACCAUCGGCAGCUUUAAAAAACAAAAACAAAAAAAAAACAAUUGUGGAUAUUUUAAUGUCGAUCAUAAAGCAAUCAAUCAUCAGUUGAGUCUUUGACUUUUCAGACCUCUUUUGCUUUAGUUUUAAGAUGUUUUUAAGAGACUGCAGGAAAGAAUUCAGUAUGUUUGUGUCAGCGUGCUGGAAAUGCACUACAGGGCAAGAUAAGCAAAAUACAUUUACUCUACUGUACUGUACUUAAGUACAAUUUUUAGGUAAUUACUAAAUUUUCUGUUAAGGCUUCAGAGGGAAAUAUUUGUACACAUCUGUAUUUACUAGAUACAGUUAGUGACUUUGCAGAUUCAGAUUAUUAAUAUGAAUUUAUUAACAAAUCUAUUCUGAUUUAUUAUUUGAGAGUAGAAGAAGCAAUACAGUCAUUCAAAUGAGCUGCAGCUGCAACAUUAAAGUGAUGAACACAUGAAUGCAUCAGUAAUUAUAAUCCAAUAAGAUGUAUUAUUCUGAAAUGAGCCAUUCUGCAUAAUGAGUACUUUUACUUUUAGUACUUUAGGUAUAUUUUGGUGCUUUUGUACUCCAGUAAAAUACAGGACAGUUACAUGUUACAGGUUUUCGACAUGGCCGUACUGCUACUUUUAAGUAAAAGAUCUGAAUACUUCUCCUCCCACUAGUUUGAAAGGACAUGUUACAAUCACAAUUUCCAGACCUGAAAAGUUGUGGAAUUAGUCUAAGUCAUUGAAAGUCUUGGUAAAGUAAAAAGUAUAAUGUAGUUGCUACCGUAAUCUUAUGUGGAUAACACUCUGCAUAAUGUAACAUAACAGCAUAUUAAUUUUCUUCAGCUAUGUACAUAACAUAGCUCUAACAUGAAUCAGUGUGUGACAGAGUUUUGUUUACCAUCAAGUACAUUUCAUUAGUUUCUCCGUGGGUUCGUCUCUUCCUUCCUGUAUGCCAGCUACCUGAAAUGAUGUUUGAAUUGAGUUUGAAUCUGGUAUGUAAACGUCGAGCAAGUGGGACAAGAACAAAAACAAUCUUCAUUUUGGGUUCUUGGAAAGUCAUGGAAAACUAUGGGAAUUUUUGUCCAUGAAAAUGUGUGGAACCGCAGGUAUAAUGUGAAACUGGUAUACUGCUGCAACAAUAGUAGGAAUUUAUCAAAUGAUGAUUUACGAAUAUUGAGAUGACUGUUGAUCAGUCCUUAAAAGCCUGAAUUUAAAUAUUUAAUAUUAAGCAAAGGUUUUAUUUAGGUUUUAUUUAUAUUAUUUAAUAGUUUACUUUCUGGACACAUUUUAGUCAGUGGUUUUAUGUGACUGCUACAUGUAAUGAUGCACUUAAAAUAUGGAGUGACUAUUUGUGUUUUCAAAUUUGGCAUAUGAGAAAACUUGAACGAAAAAACAGCAGUAGCACUAACCAGAUUUUCUGUUCCUCUCUACAAGUAACUCUCUGGUCCUUUAUAAGAAAGUUUACUGUUACUGAACCUGAACUUGGACAGAUAUAAAGCUUUACUUGACUGUUUGUGUGUUUGUGUUGAACUGAAAGACUGUUUGGCUGUAAAAUAAAUGCAAUCAGAAGGUGUGGAGACAAA